AUGGUAUUCUGUGGACAAUCUUUACAGGAUUCAAACGCUAUUUGGCUGAUUAGAAGUUUAGAUAGUGCCGAGUUGUUAACUUAUCAUAGUACGAUCUUUUUGCAACACCAAAAUUCCAACGCCUACCUUGAUAUUCAUACUAAGCGUGAUAGUAAAUCUCCUGUCUCUGGUUUAACUGAGGUGAGCUGCGGCAGUAACGAUAAUUAUAGUGAUUACACAUGGAUUCUUGAACAUGAUAAUUCAGAGAAUGGGGAAUAUUUGAAAACACGCGAUGUCGUGAUUCUUAGAAACACAUUUCAAGAUUUUACGUCUAAUAAGCACAAGGAAGAAACCUUGGGUAGCCACGAAGUUACAUUUACUAUCGAUAAUGACAAAUUGCAGGAAGUCUUUGCUCAUGGUGGAGAGCAUACCGAAAAUGAUAAGUGGUGUAUUGAACUUAUUGAUUAA